AUGUUUUUAAAUCGCAGAGUACCGAUGUUACUUUCGCUUGUGUUCACCGUUUGUGUCAUUGAGUGUAUGUCAACCGUAGAUGUGAAUGUUCCGCAUCCAAUCACAUAUGGACUUGUUGGAUAUGACACUACGUUGAUUUGUGUAUACGAGACUGACGCCAUUAAUCCUAUAUUGACAUGGUAUGACGGAAUGUCUGGCGCUGAUGAAAUUAUUAUCCUCCAGGAGAUGAACGGAGUUGUCAUUUUUAACCCAGAGUAUCAAGACAGGUUUUCUUUGAUUGGUCAAGCUAGUCUUCGGAUUAAUGACACAGAACUUGGCGAUUCAAAUGACUACGAAUGUGAAGCAUCACAUGGUGGUGUAAUUGAUCAAGAUAGUACAUACCUGUUUGUGUCAGAAUCUCAGUCACCGAAUUGCACACUUCAACACAAUACGCAACCAGUAGAAGGUGUUAAUUUGACUUUAACAUGUACGAUCGAAGGCAUACCGCCACCAGCGGUACAAUGGUUCAAAAAUGGCUAUUCAAUAGGGGAAUCUGAGCGGUAUACAUUUUCUGAAGAUGGAACAGAAUUGACAAUACUCAAUACUCAUCGAGAUGAUAGUGGUGUAUAUAUUUGCAAUGUGACAAAUUUAGUUGGAUCGUCUUCGUGUUAUGACCUAAUCGAUGUUUGGUAUUUACCAAAUGAUGGUUGGCCAAACUGUACUGUAUCUGAUGAACCGUCCACUGGCUAUUUCCAGGAAGGAGAUCAGAUUGUUAUUAUAUGUGAUGCCACUGGAGGCAACCCAACUCCAGAACUGUACUGGCAUAAUAGUAAGUUUGAGCUACUGGAUAAAAGUUGCAUCUUGAAUGAGCAGGAACAAACUCAUGAGUUAACAAUUUCUUCAUGUACAUGGGAACUGGAGUCUUCAGACAAUGGACGUGUAUACACGUGUACUGGUAAAUCUGAUGCAUCUUCUGAGACGUAUGACUGUGAUACUGGGCAACUAGAUGUUAAAUAUACUCCAGACAGUCCAAUGUGUAAUGAGGCAGCAGAGAAUAACGUUUUCAAGGAAGGAAAUGAAAUUACUCUAACAUGUGUAUCAUUAGAUGGAAACCCACUCGCAACUCUGCAAUGGGUCAAUACAUCUAGUGGUAUGGUGAUGACUGGGACUACACCGGAACCAGGUGACAGUGAGAGUAUUGCAACUUACAGUUGGGCUCUCAGCAGGGCGGAUAACACUGGUGUGUAUGUGUGUGAAGCAACCAAUAUUAUACAAACAGAUCCUCUGACAUGUAGCAGUGGACCAUUAAAUGUAUCAUUUGCUGCAGUAGACAUCUUAUUAUCAGAACCAAACAAUCCAUACGACCGUGGUGAAUACAUAACCUUGAUGUGUACAUCCAGUAGUAGUAACCCACCGUCAUCCAUUGAAUGGUAUCGGAAUAAUACAUCAGUUACGGACAGCGACUGCGAAACUGUUGUUAAUACUGACUACAUUGAUGGUGAAUACAGUGGAACCAUCACCCAGCAGCAUUUGGAGAUAUAUUUGACUGCUCAACACAAUAGCGCUGUGUAUCAAUGCGCAUCAUUCCUGUUCGUGGAGAACGCAUCUAUUCGUUCAGACUACAUAAUAUUAGAUGUAUAUUUUCCCCCUACAGAACCAUUUCCUUGCCAGACUAGUCUUACUGGUUACGAUGGUCAUGUAAUGGCUGGUGAAGAGUUAAUAUUGACAUGUACGUCAUGUAGUAGUAAUCCACAAGCUGAGUUAAUAUGGUAUGUAGAUGAUAUGGAAGUACAAUAUGGACUCAGUGUACCACGUUAUACCCAUGCAGAAUUUAAUGGGAAGCAAACAUCACAAAAUCUAACAAAGCCAAUAACAUAUUUGGACCAUGGAGCGGUGAUUUAUUGUGAGGCGUAUAAUCCUGAAUUCAAUGAAGAAAUGUAUUCGUCCAAUAAAACCGUACUGAAUGUGCAUUAUAGUCCAUUUAUUGAAAAUACUGACGAGGGUUUGGUAAAAGCUGACGUAAUGGAAACAGCUAAUCUAACGUGUGAAGUUAAUAGUAACCCGGAUUCCAGGAUCACAUGGUAUGAUUCAUUGGGGAAUGAGGUCAUCAACGGUACAAACAGAAGUAUAAUUGUUGAAACAAAGAAAGACACAAUACAGACUAGUGUGUUGUUAAUUACAAACGUGACAUAUACAGAUUACGGUAAUUACACAUGCUAUGCAGAGAACUAUAUUAAUAUGACGUAUUUCGUUGUUUAUCUGAGUGGGACAAGUAUUGUAUUUUAUCCAGUGAAUGAGCCAACGUAUGACACAGAGAUCAGAAUAUGCCUAACGUGUUCAUUAGUUCUCAUCAUAGUUGACAUUAUAUUAGUAUAUUUUAUACGCAGAGAAGACUGGAUGGUUAAAUCCGAAGAUCAUAUGACACGUGAUCAACAAGAGCCCAUCAGUAAGAAUGAAAGUGUGAAACCUAGACCAAGAGGAGAUGUCAAACGUAAAGUCUAUGACAAGCCUGAAACAUCUGCUAAAAUGGCCGUCCUUGAGCGCACGUACGACAAUCGUGCCUG